AUGGCGACAAAUGGUGUUAAUGGGGUUCAUGGUGACGCUCAUGCCCCUGCAGAAUUCGACCUUCGCAGCGAUAUCGUGACGGUGCCCACAUUGGCCAUGUUAAAUGCCGUCGCCAAUACCACUUACAAAGACGAUGUUUAUCGGGAAGACCCCACGACCGAAGACUUUCAGUCCGAGAUGGCCAAGCUCCUCGGACACGAAGAUGCCAUCUUCAUGCUCUCGGGAACCAUGAGCAAUCAACUAGGCUUGAGAGCGCUUCUGAUGCAACCGCCGUACUCGGUGCUCUGUGACUCUCACGGGCACAUCCUUCACUAUGAGGCUGGGGGUGUGGCCAGCCUGUCGGGUGCAAGUAUCCAACCAGUAGAAGCGCGGAACAAGAAAUAUUUGACUUUGGAGGAUAUCAAGGAGAAGGCCAUUCUGGACGACUAUGUGCAAUAUAGCCCGACAAGGGUCAUCUCCCUGGAAAAUACACUCAAUGGAUUGGUGUAUCCUCUCGAGGAGAUUCGGAGGAUCUCGGCAUUCGCCAGAGAAAACAAGAUCAAGAUGCAUCUUGACGGUGCCCGCCUCUGGGACGCCGUGGUUGCUGGGGGAGGCACUCUCAAAGACUAUGCACAAGAAUUCGACACGGUGAACCUGUGCUUUUCCAAAGGGUUGGGCGCUCCACUGGGGAGCAUCCUGGUCGGCAGCAACAAGACGAUCGCACAAGCAAGGAAGGUCAGACAGAGCAUUGGUGGAGGCAUGCACCAAGCCGGGGUGCUGACGGCCAUGGCCCGGGUGGCUUUCAGAGACACCUUUGGCGGGAGAGUCGACGGCAAAGGGUCCCUGCUACUUGGCGCCCAUCAGAAAGCCAAACACCUUGCCCAAGUUUGGGUCGGCCAUGGCGGCAAGCUGCUCGGUCCGACAGAGACUUGUAUGGUCUUCUUGAAUUUCAAGGAUAUCGGCUUGUCUCGACCCGAGCUCGAGAAGAUGGCGCUGGAAUACGGAUUGAUUAUCAAGAAUGAGCGGUUGGUGGUUCACUAUCGUAAGACCUCCAAGAGGAUCGUAUCCCCGAAGUAG